AUGUCAGUGCGGUCACUGCCCGCAGCUCCAGCAGACAAUCAUGCCUUCGUUGUGCAGGUCGCCGUUGGAAAAUCCCAUGCCAUGCUCCUGACUGAUGAAGGGGUCAUUUACAGCUGGGGUACCGACAACGAGCACGGGCAGCUGGGCCGAGCCUGCCACAACCAGGACAAAAUGCUGAAGCCGGCCCCUAUCAUCGGUGGUAUCAAGCAAGAAAUUGUCGUCCAGAUCGCUUGUGGGUUGAACCAUUGUCUUGCACUCACGCAAAGAGGAGCACUCUUUGCAUGGGGCAACAACAAGGCUGGUCAGCUCGGUGUCGACGGAUUUAGCGCAGCUGCACCAGCCAGUGAACUCGCAGUCACGGCACCGACGCCUGUAAAACACUUUGAGGGCCAGGAGUCCUCUUUCUGUGCCCGCAGCUGCAGCUGUGGUCCUGAAAGCUCCGCCUGCGUCACUGUGCGCGGAGAGGUGUACGUCUGGGGUGCUAUCAGCUACUACAUCCUUGGAGCACAGAAGAAAUACGAGAAAGGAGAAACUUGUACUGUCCCCGUCUGCAUCAAAACCCUUCCUCGGGAGCUGUAUAUGGAGGAUGCCGGGCCGGAUCAGGUCUCUGUGUACAAGGACACGCUUGCCUGCAAUGUUGCGAAGCUGAACAUUGAAGACGACAUGGCAAGUCUGAUAACCUCCUUGAAGAGCCGAUCUUCGCAGUUGGUGUCAGUGCGUCGUAUGAAGAGGGCUGAUGCAGCUGACAGACCCAGCCGUAACCAAGAUGACUUUGAUGUCGAGGAGCUCCGCCAGUUAAACAACGACUUUCAGAAACAGAAGAAGGAACUCGAGAACCAAAUGGAUGACCUCCAAAAGCAGCUGAGCACGUACCGGCUGGAGCUGGCUCGAAUGAAAAGGGAGUUGACAGUUUGCGAUCAGCAAGAUGCUGCCCUGACCGAGACAGCUAGAAAUCUAGAGGCUCGGAAAGACCAAGAGGGAGACACUGCUGCGACUCGACGAACUCUUGAAACGAAGCUCCACGACAUCAGCCACUUCAAGUCUUCCAAUCAGCGCAAGCGAUUGCAGUUGCUGAAUUCACGGGAUGAGACCGAGCGCAAGCUCGUCCACCUUACCCAGGACUUGACGCUGGCGAUGAACAGACAACAGCAGGCCCGAACAUGA